AUGUCAGAUGAUGGCAGGACAGACAAGGGCAAGGUGCUUCCUGCCACGGGCAAGUCUGUAGUCGCAUCUCCAAGGCCGUCGCUGGAACCUGAGUCCGAUCUCUACGAGAAACAGCGCGAAGAGGCGGAGGCACGAUUCUACGACUCUCCCUUGGAAGCGCAGCGGAUCGCUUUGGCUCGUCACAAGUUCCCACGGAAGGACACUGGGCCUGUGGCCGAGGACGACGAGCAACCAGUGCGUCGGCGCAUCGCGGGCUUCCGCCUGGGCUUCGAGAAGAUCUUCAAGACCACGUCUAUUCGCUUGCCCUGCUCAGCUUACACCGUCUAUGCAGAGAUGCGUUCAUCGCAUACCAACGAGGUGUUCUGCCGCUGUUUCAAUGGGCUCCACACCAUCUACGACUUGAAGAAAUGGAUCUAUGAGAAGCUGUUGUUGCCCAUGAAUGCCUAUGAGCUCUCCUAUGCUGAAAGUGGCAAGGUGCAGCUCACUGACAACAUGCGGCUACUGACCACCCAGGAUUCCUUGGAUGCUCGUUCCAUGGCAACCAUGAGAACGGUCCAUGACAUGUCUGGGAACAUUCCUGGGGUCCACUCCAUCGGCGACAUUGGCGUCACGCGGCUCUAUGUGAGGUUGAAGUGUCGUACCUGCGGGGAUCUUCUCAAUAGUUUUUCGACGUGCCGCAAGAAGAAACAAAUGGGCCACAUAGAACCUGCCAUGAACGGCCGAAAGCCAUCGGAGUUUUCCAGACCUUCCUCGUCCGGCUCGCCGCAGAACAUCCAGUUGCGAGGCCGGGCUGGAGGUCGGCCACACAUUUCAGGGCCGCCCAAACCUGAUGCGGAAGGUAUCGACGCAUGCUUGAUUGGUUGGAAGACAUGUUUUCCUGGGCAGUUACAACAGAUCAAUCCAUCAGUGCGCACCGCCAUCAUUUUGGCCAUCCUGACCUACUUGGGGCCUGAUGUCAUCCAGGACCGGAAGGCCUUGACCUCCGAACAGCUUCCCGAGCGGCUGGGCACCGGUGCUGUUGUCAAGGAGCUGAAACUGGAGGGCGACCGGCUGCACUUCGAGCUGGACUCUGGCAGCGGGCCGAGCAGUGGCUGGGUUAGUACCAGGUUGAAGGACAAGGAGCUGCUGGUGGUGCUGGAUGGUGAGAAACCCGCUGGGAAGGAGGAUGUCCUGAAGAAGAAAUCUUGGGACGUGAAGUUUUUGUUCAGCGGCUGCGGCGCCAACCUCCGAGCGCUGGACGGUGGCACCGAGGGCGCCAGUCGCGAGCAGCUCUUUGAGUUUUUGAUGAAGCAGCAUGUGAGUCCUGAACUGCGGCGAGACUUUUGGGAAGAGAUUCCAGAUCACAUGUAUGACACUUCCAAGACCGAUGAGACCGACUGCAUCACCUUUUUCCAGACGGUGGGACAUCUCUGUCCCGCCGAUAGCAAACGCUUGUCUUCCCCCGGCGGCGUGCGGCAGUACCUGGCAUCCAAGGAGUUGCCAUUGCGAGGCAUCGUGGUGGAACCUGAUAGCAUCAAGGAGGUGAAGUUGCUGGUCGUACUAUGCCAUGGGAUCGAGGUCUUGGGCCACGAUUUGUACAGCGUGGCGCAUCAGCUGUGCCUCCGGGCGCCCUCACCGUCGCGACGGGUGCUGCUGCUGGAAGCGCCCCACGAAAGUGCUCAACCACGGGAGGAGGAAGAAGAAGUGAAGGCUGCAGGUAUGCCCAUCGACGAAUCCAAUACUGACCUCCCAGAAUGGCGGAAGCCUCUGCGGGAAUGGUGGAGUAGGAACGCAAAGGAAAAAGAGGCGGAAAAAUGUUUAUCCGAAGCAGCCGAAGCGGUGGCCAAGUGCUGUAACGCCGGAGAUACCAAAGUGGUCUUGGGCGGAUUUUCCCAAGGCGCCGCGGUGGCGCUGGCAGCGGCGCCCAGGGUGAAGAACUUGGCGGGGCUCGUGCUGAUGAGUCCACCAGGUUUUGCGGCACACUUGGCGUCCAAAGUUGCACCCACCAUUCCAGCCCUGGUGGCGGCGGGAAGUAAAGAUCCAAUCGCACCCAGGGAUCAAGUGGAAGGAGUUCACAAGGCUCUCGGCGCUGCCGAUCCCUUGUUGGUCUUUGAGGGCGGUCACGAGGUGACCAUGACUGUGCUGGACGCUGCCAAAGCCUUCUUGGCCAAAGUGGGCCAAUGA